AUACGCGUAUUUGUACUUGUUUAUAAGGUUAUAUGCGAUGGUACCAUCUUCUUUACAUUGAAUGCAAAGCCAUGUUCACUUUCCUUUGGGUAAUCCUAAUUGUGGCUCACGCCCUGCCGGUGACCCCUGUUUCAUCUCAGGACAAGAACAUAUUCCUAUUGGCCGGACAGAGCAACAUGGCCGGCAAUGGAGGCGUGAUCAACGGCACCUGGGACGGCGUUGUGCCACCCGAAUGCGGACCCAACCCGUCGGUCCUCCGCCUGGCCGCAAACCUCACGUGGGUUCCCGCGGCCGAGCCGCUCCACAAGGACAUCGGUGGCGUGAACGCAGCCAUCGGGGUGGGGCCUGGGAUGUCGUUUGCCAAUUCGGUGUUGGCUCGUGACCCGAGCCUCGGGGUGGUGGGAUUGGUGCCCUGUGCGUACGGCGGGACCAAGAUAAGUCAAUGGGGUCAGGGAAGCUUUUUGUAUGACCAGUUGGUGAGUAGGGCUAGAGCCGCCGUGCGAGGCGGCGGAGGGAAGAUCCAGGCGAUGCUGUGGUAUCAGGGGGAGAGUGAUGCGGUGUUAUCGGAGGACGCGGAGUUAUACAAGGGUCGAUUGCAGAAGUUUUUCCAGGAUCUUAGACUUGAUUUGCAAUCUCCUUCACUACUAAUAAUUCAGGUGGCAUUAGCAUCAGAAUCAGCAGGACCUUACACCGAGAAAGUGAGAGAAGCCCAGUUGGGACUAGACCUUGCAAAUGUCAAAUGUGUUGAUGCCAAGGGAUUGGAGCUGCAAUCAGACAACUUGCACUUAAGCACUCCCGCAGAGGUUCAGCUCGGGAAGAUGUUGGCCGGUUCAUUCCUCCAGAACCGGCCCAACCCCCUCACGAAUAGCUAGUGCCCCCAAAAGAUUUCGUAAUUACGUCAGUGACCUCCCCCUCAAGAGAUGUUAAAAAGUUCAUGAGCGUUUGUUGAAUUUUGAAAGGUUAGAUGAUAAUACUGGUUUUGAAAGGUCCCUUGAUGGUGAAGGCAUAUAGGUUUUUGCUUCUAUGGUGGAAAUUAGAAAUCAAAUAUGUUUUGCAUAACUUAUAGUUUGUGAAAUAGUUGUUUUGAACAACAUUUGUAAAAUAAUAGAAAAUAUAUAUUUUUAAUAUUUUAAACUCCUUU